AUGGCCAAGGCGCCCUUGUCCUUGGUGGUCACGCACAAGGUGGUCGACAAAAUUCCUGCCCUUGAUCUUGCGCCGGACUCGUACGUUGACAUGCUCAACGACACAUCCGUCGACAUCGAUUCGCCACCGCUCACGAAUUACAACGACUACAACGAUGACAUAGAGAAGGGCCUCGAGGGCGAUGAGUUUGGGGAAGUUGAAGACGCCGGCUCCGAUGAGAAAGGUGAGUUGCAAGAGAUAGAAGAGGGAGCGUUCGAAGGGGCGGUGGCCAAGGUGAAGGGGAGGGCCAUUCGGACCGGCAACUACACCAAAUUUGAAGACGUGAUCUUGAUCAAGGCUUGGGAGGCGGUUUCGAUGGAUGUCGUGACCGGCACCGAUCAAAAGCAAGAUCACAACGAGAAAUGGAAGUUGAGGGAGCAAGAAGCGCCACCACCGAGGCAUAAGCUCGUCGAGUUGGAGGAUGCGGAAGAGGAUGAUGUGCUUGAGACCAAGAAGAACAAGAAGAGGCUGGAUGGAGCAAAGAUAACAAAGGACAAUAUCAAGAAGCAAGGCGAGGCCGCAAUAUUGUCUCUCAAGAUCGAUGUUAUGGGUGAAGUCCAAAGAAUUGUUGGUGAUGAAGACUUUGGAGGCAGGCAGCUGCCUGGCGCGCCCCUCGCCGUCGAUGGCGCCGGCGGCCUGGAUGGCCCCGCCGCCCCCUGGCCGCCUAUAAACGUCGCCGCCGACCAGGGGAGAAGCCCCAUUUCGCCUCCCCCUCCUUUUCUCCUCCUCUCUGCGCCCGGCGGACCAAACCCUAGCCCUGGCUGGACCUCGCCGUCGCCGUUCUGCGCCGCCCCGAGCCCAGCCGACGCCGCCGUUCGCUCCGCCGCAACGCCGUCGACCUCCUCCGCCCAUCGGCGCAAGCCAACAGGGCCGGAAUCGGCCGAAUCGACCGGCGCCCGUGGCUCAGGCCUCCGCCGCUCGCCGGAGCUCCGGGCCUCCCCUCGCCUCGCCGACGCCACCACGAGCUCCACGGUGAGCUCCUGGUCCUCCCGGUGCCCGCCGUCGCCCUGGGUCGCCGUCUAUCGCGCCGGCGACGAGCGCCGCAAGCUCGCCGCCGGCCACCGCCGCCGUGGUCGCUCCGGCGACCCUUGGAGGCGGCGCCGCCCUCUUUUGGUUGCCCAUGGAGCGACCAUUCUCGUGGUAGCUCUGGUCUACAUUUCCGUCUCUAGGCAUGUAAAAGAAGAAACUAGUGCUGCUAUGUCGAGCAACAUGUACGCGUCGCUGGACCACGUCGUCGGCGGCAUGCAGGCUAUCCUAGCAGCCAACCAUUCCGCCUUCGUAGUUGCAGACUACCUAGCGGCUACGAGCAACAGGAAUCGCUUAUCUCGCGUGGAACAAAACUUGUUCAUGGCUUUCGCAAUGCAGCCACACGUGGCCGAGAUGUCAUACGCCGGCUCCGACGGCUCCGCCUUCACCUACUACCGCGGAAAGGACAGCCGGUCCAAAAAGAUGUUCGUCAGCCGCCGCGGCAAGUGGUACAAGCAGGCCGUUGAUCCGGUGACCGGCAGCCCUGUCGGACCCGUCGCGGCAGUGCCGCCGCCGAAGCACAUGCCGAACGCCGCACAGGCUCUAGCGGACACCAAGAGCGGCUCACUGGUGGCCCUCGGGGCCGGAUUGGCCCGCCCAAGCGUUCAGAUGGUGGUUUUCUCCGCACCAGUCGGCGACGCCGGCGUGGUCUUCGCCUCCGUCCCCAUUAAGGACAUUCUACCGAUCACCGAUCGAGCCGCUGUAGGCUUCGGCACUGUGGAGGCAUAUUACUCGAUCAUCGACACUAAGCACAACACGUCUACAGGUUAUAAAGCUUUGGUCGUUGGUUCUGACGCGAAGAAGAAGAAGAUGGAGGAUCAGUUCUUAGAUAUCAAAUGCACCACAUCCACCAUUGAUGCUCCCAAGCUAGAGCUCCACGACGUCAGGAUCGGGUCUCACCAAAAGGAGUACACAGUCGCGUGCACGAGCUUCGAGCUCUCGAGGGGAGUACACCUGGGACUCCGGCUGGUGUGGCAAAAGGAGACCAUGUUUCUUGAGAUAGGGGUGGCUGUGGUCUCUGUCGUGUGCUUGCUCGCGGCCAUGACGGCUGUGGCGUGCUUCUUCAUGGCAAGGGCGCUGUGGUGGUGGGGGUCGCGGGAGGCAGCGCUCCAGGGUGAGCUCAUGAGGCAGAAGGAAGCGCUCCAGCAGGCAGAGCGCAAGAGCAUGAAUAAGAGCAACGCAUUCGCGUCCGCCAUCCACGACAUCCGCUCCUCGCUCGCCGCUGUCGCCGGACUCAUUGUUGUCUCCCGGACGGAGGCGCGGGCAAACCCCAACCUCACCUACUACCUCGACCAGAUGGAGAUUGGCACCAACAAACUCUUUGAUAUACUUAACACCAUACUAGACAUGGGCAAGGUGGAGUCCGGGAAGAUGCAAUUGGAGGAGGUGCAGUUCAGCAUGGCCGACGUCCUUGAAGAAUCCAUGGACAUGGCGAACGUCGUCGGUAUGUCUAGAGGCAUUGAGGUGGUUUGGGACCCAUGUGACUUCUCUGUUCUUCGAUGCGAUGCUGUCAUCGGUGACUGCAAGCGCUUCAAACAGAUCCUCGACAACCUUCUUGGAAAUGCCAUCAAGUUUACGCACGACGGCCACGUCGUGCUCCGCGCCUGGGCCAACCGUCCUAUCGGAAGGACUUCCAUGAUCAGCACCCCAUCUAGGUUCGCCCCCCGCUGGCAUGCAAGCAUGUUCUGUCGGUGGCUGCUAGGAACGAGGGAAGAAGGUGCAGAGCAGAAUGCUCGCCGAUCACUUCUUCAGAAUGAUCCUAACGCCAUUGAGUUUUACUUUGAGGUAAUAGAUACAGGUGUUGGGAUUCCAAAGGAAAAAAGGGAAUCUGUGUUUGAAAACUACGUUCAAGUAAAUGAAGGGCAUGGUGGCACCGGCCUAGGCUUAGGCAUCGUGCAAUCCAUUGUACGUUUGAUGGGUGGCGAAAUAAGCAUCAAGGACAAAGAGCCAGGAGAAGCGGGAACAUGCUUCAGAUUAAACGUCUUCCUCAAGAUCAACGACGCUGAAGAGCCCAUCGAGCACGGGAGGGCGGUGCCAUCCCUGUUUAAGGAGCCUGGAUGCUUCAAGGGUGGGCAGUGCGUCCUCCUAGUCCAUGGGGACGAGACCCGGCGAAUCCUCCAGACAUGGAUGGAGAACGUCGGGAUGAAGGUCUGGCCCGUCACGCGUGCCGAGCUCCUCGCCCAUACAAUGGAGAAGGCACGCGCCGCCGUGGGUGCCUCGCCGUCUAGGCCAGCGUCGAUCUGUUCGUCACAGGGCGGAAGUGAUGACUUGGACGGUGUAGCUGACCGGUGCUUCAGCUCCAAAGAGAUGGUCACCCAGGUCCUACGGAACAGCAGCGGCAACCACGCCGGGCACCUCCACCCCUUCGGCCUACUCGUUGUCGUCGACGUCUCCGGUGGGAGGCUCAAUGAGAUCCUCCAGGAGGCGUCGAGCCUCGCGAGGAUCAAGAACCAAGUUCCGUGCAGGGUGGCAUGCAUUACUGACCUCAAGACCUCCUCCGAGGAUUUGAGGAGGCUCAAUGAGGCGGCAAGCUGCGACAUGGACCUGCGCAAGCCGAUCCACGGCUCCCGGCUGCGCAAGCUCCUCCAGGUCAUGAGAGAGCUCCAGGCCUCUCCGUUUCUGCAACAACAGUCGCAUCAGGUCGGGAUCGCCAUCAAUGAGCUGCCAGCGGCGGAUCAGGCCACUGCCGCGUCAUCUGAAAUCACAUCUGCGGCCACUGCUGCGUCGUCUGAAACCAUUUCUGAAACCACGGCGGCGGCGGUAGUGCCCCAGGAGCUGCCCAAGCUUGAAGAUGCCAAGCCACUGGAAGGGAAGCGCGUCCUGUUGGUGGAAGACACGAGGGUGCUGCAGUUUAUCCAAAAGAAAAUGCUGCGCACUAUGGGUGCAACAGUUGUGGUAGCAGCGGAUGGAUCCGAAGCUGUGGCAAUAUUCAUCAAUGCUCUUGAGAUUGCAAGUGGUGGUGCUGCUUCAGAGAAACAGUUGGUCUUGCCCUACGACGUGAUAUUCAUGGAUUGCCAGAUGCCGGUGAUGGACGGCUACGAAGCGACAAAGCGCAUUCGCGGGGAAGAAAGCCGUUACGGGAUCCAUACCCCAAUCAUCGCGCUGACUGCACACUCUGAGGAGGAGGAGCUGCAGAAGACCAUCCAAGCAGGGAUGGAUUUCCACCUGACUAAGCCAAUACAGAAGGAGAAACUCGUGGAAGCUGUUCAUCGGGUGUGGAAGGAAGAUAACUAUUGA